GUCACUCUUCUUCUACAAUCUACAUCUCUCUCUGUUCAGUCCAAGAUCGUAGCUUUCAGGCAAGACCCUUCUGGGAAGACUACAACUCCAAAGGCGUCUGAAAAGUUAGAAUCCGAGGCAAUCAAUCCAAAUCCUAUUGCGGUAUAGAGUCCUAUAGUGGAGUAGGCUCUAUGGGAUAAAGGAUUGGAUACAUUUAUCCUAUUAGCUUUUGAGGGUCUUGGUCUGGACUAUACAUGCUUAUUGCUUAUGGUUCCGUUUGAACCCAACAGUGUCUGUAAAGAUUGGUAAAAGAGAGGGAAGGGUUUCUUUUGGGGUUUACCCGUUUUGUUAUAUAGGCUGGAAAAGGGUUUGGCUUUAGUAGUAGUAGUAUGCUACUUGGGUUUGAUAAAGGGAAGAAGGAGGAGCGUCUCAGAAAGAGAGUGAUAGAGUGAAAGUGAGUGUGUGAAAGGUCAUCAAAUGCAAGAAAUUAAGAAGCUUGGCAAUGAAUAUUCCGAUUCCAAGAAGAAGGAGCGCCAUAUAGUCACAUGGUCUCAAGAGGAGGAUGAUACACUGCGAGACCAAAUUAGCACUCAUGGAACAGAGAACUGGGCUAUUAUUGCGUCUAAAUUCAAGGAUAAAACGACGAGGCAGUGCAGGAGAAGGUGGUACACAUAUUUGAACUCGGACUUCAAGAAGGGAGGAUGGUCACCGGAGGAAGAUAUGCUUUUAUGUGAGGCUCAGAAGAUAUUUGGUAACAGAUGGACCGAGAUAGCGAAGGUGGUUUCAGGAAGAACUGACAAUGCUGUUAAAAACCGGUUUUCCACCUUGUGCAAGAAGAGAGCAAAAUAUGAGGCCUUAGCAAAAGAGAAUGCAACUUCGUACAUGAAUCCGAAUGGCAAAAGGGUCAUAAUCCGAAAUGGCUUCAAUACAGACGGAACAUCAGAAAAUACAUCACCUCUAAAGAAGAUGAGGAGGAGCCAUAUCCCUAGUCUCUCGGAAAAUUGCAACUAUGGUGACAGACGACAUGGGCAGUGUAAGACGAAUCAGCAGCUAAGAGCACCGUUCACUGUGUUGAUUCAGAAUAUCCACAAUGUAAACAAUCUGCAAGAUCAGCAUACUGUCAAUAUCACCAAGGAUGACCCCAGCAAUGCAGCACAAACUAACAAGUUUCAAGGUUCAUUUCUGAAGAAGGAUGAUCCAAAGAUAACUGCUUUGAUGCAGCAAGCAGAGUUGCUCAGCUCAUUGGCUAUGAAGGUUAACACAGAUAACACAGACCAGAGUCUUGAAAAUGCUUGGAAGGUUCUCCAAGAUUUCUUGAACCAAAGCAAAGAGAGUGACAUCCUCAGCUAUGGAGCAAGUGAAUUUGAUUUUCAACUCGAAGAUCUUAAAUAUCUAUUAGAGGACUUAAGGAGUACUAGUGAAGGAGGUCGACCAUCUUGGCGGCAACCAGAUCUCUAUGAUGAGUCUCCAGGAAGUUCUGAAUACAGUACAGGGUCAACUCUUCUGUCCCAAACUGAGUGUUAUAAAAUGGAACAGAAUGAAGCUGAAAUAGGUACAAUAAAUCAGGAGAUUCCUCCUGAGUCGCAAUCAAUUCAUAUUGGAGGACAAAAUAAGAUUGGCGAACUUGAGAAAGGAAUUGUUUCCAGUGGAACUAGAAAGCAAGAGAUACUUCCAUCUUGUGAUGAAGCAACAAAAGAGGAUGCAGUUGUUUCUGCAUUGUCGAGCACUGAGUUCAGUUCUCCUAUUCAAGUUACUCCAAUGUUCAGAUCCUUGGCAGCAGGAAUUCCCAGCCCAAAAUUUUCUGACAGUGAGAGGAGCUUCUUGCUGAAAACGCUUGGAGCGGAUUCCCCUUUUCCCAACCCAAGCACCAAUUCACAAACACCACUUUGCAAACGAGCCCUCCUCCAAAGUCUAUAGCCAACCUUUUAGCUCCACCUCUUAUAUAGCAGUUUUACAUGGUUCAGAUGAUGAUCAGGUUCAUUUUCUUCUGAAUCCAGUUUUCUUGGGAUCGCAGCCGUUCCAGCCUGAAAUUUUACAAAAAAGGCAGGUUAAGAUCUGCUUCCCAAAACCCAGAUCUAGUAUGCAAUGGUGCAUUCUAGAAUCUCCUCCAGACGUAUCUAACGUAACCACCCUUGGAGUCCCUAUUCGGUACUCACAACCUGUGUGCUUGGUGUGUCAUUCUUUUGUUUGUUUUGUUUAUUACUGGGUGUUCCAUUUUUUUGGCCUUGGUUUAUCAGUUCAGUUGUACAGAACCUCCUAUAUCCAUAGUUAUUCAGAGUGUAAGACUAUAAGUAUACAUCGGCAGCUCGCCUAUAUCUGCAGCUAGAGUAUAUUAU